AAACCGAUCAGUUUUGUGGUUAAAAAUCAUCGAAAACCAUAACUUACACAGUAGAUCUUGUUUACCGGAUUGUUAACUUCGAGGAGACACGCCGAACCCGCGUUGUUUGUAUAUAACGAUUUGUGUAAUAACAAACAUUAAGAAUUAUAUAGAUAAAAUAGUACCGAAUUAAAUUGAUAUCACCACAACAAAGCAGAGCAGAGAUGUCGGCUUCAGAUGUGGAUCACGAGAAGAGAAAACAAAUUUCCGUGCGAGGUAUCGUAGAUGUCGAAAACGUUGGGAACUUUAAAAAGACGUUCAAUCGACAUUUACAUUAUACACUCGUGAAGGAUCGUAAUGUGGCAACAAGUAGAGAUUACUUCUUCGCGUUGGCACAUAGCGUCAAGGACAACUUGGUGUCUAGAUGGAUUCGUACUCAACAAUAUUAUUACGAAAAGGAUCCUAAGAGAGUUUACUAUCUCUCCUUGGAAUAUUAUAUGGGAAGGACACUUCAAAAUACCAUGAUCAACUUAGGCAUUCAAGGUGCCUGUGAUGAGGCAAUGUAUCAGAUGGGCCUAGACAUUGAGGAAUUAGAAGAGCUAGAAGAAGAUGCUGGUUUAGGAAAUGGUGGUCUGGGAAGGCUUGCAGCUUGCUUUCUAGACAGUAUGGCUACUCUUGGUUUAGCAGCUUAUGGAUAUGGUAUUCGAUAUGAAUAUGGAAUAUUUGCUCAAAAAAUAAAAAGUGGAGAACAAGUAGAAGAACCAGAUGAUUGGUUGAGAUAUGGAAAUCCAUGGGAAAAAGCAAGACCUGAGUUUAUGCUCCCUGUGAAUUUCUAUGGACAAGUUAUCGAUACCCCUGAAGGAAAGAAAUGGGUUAACACACAGGUUGUAUUUGCAAUGCCUUAUGAUAAUCCAGUUCCUGGAUAUAAAAAUAAUGUAGUAAAUACUCUUAGAUUGUGGUCUGCUAAAUCUCCAGUAGAAUUCAACCUUCAAUUUUUCAACAACGGUGAUUAUAUUCAAGCUGUGAUCGAUCGCAACUUGGCAGAAAACAUUUCCAGAGUCUUAUAUCCUAAUGAUAAUUUCUUUGAGGGAAAAGAACUGCGUUUGAAACAGGAAUACUUUAUGGUGGCUGCAACCCUUCAAGACAUAAUACGCAGGUAUAAAGCUAGUAAAUUUGGUUCGAGGGAGCACCAUCGAACAGAUUUCGAUAUGUUUCCCGAUAAAGUAGCUAUCCAACUCAAUGACACUCAUCCUUCUAUGGCGAUUCCUGAGCUAAUGAGAAUUCUCAUCGACGUCGAAGGUCUUCCGUGGGAAAAGGCUUGGGACAUCACAACAAGGACAUGUGCUUACACCAAUCAUACAGUCCUACCAGAAGCGCUUGAAAGAUGGCCAACAAGCAUGUUGGAUAGUAUUUUGCCUCGACAUUUACAAAUAAUUUAUCACAUAAACUUUUUACAUUUACAAGAAGUUUCCGCUAAGUAUCCCGGCGAUGUUGACCGCCUUCGUCGCAUGUCUUUAAUUGAAGAGGAGGGUGAAAAGAGGGUUAACAUGGCGCAUUUGUCUAUCGUUGGUAGUCACGCCAUCAAUGGUGUUGCAGCAUUACAUUCGGAAAUUUUAAAACAGAGCGUCUUCAAAGACUUUUAUGAAAUGUCGCCUGAAAAAUUCCAGAAUAAGACUAAUGGUAUUACACCAAGAAGAUGGCUUCUUUUGUGUAAUCCAAAUCUUUCAGAUAUUAUUGAAGAGAAAAUUGGCGAUGAAUGGACGGUGCAUUUGGAACAGCUGACACAACUUAAACAAUGGGCGAAAGAUCCGGUUUUCCAACGUAGCGUUAUUAAAGUGAAACAAGAAAAUAAAUUAAAAGUAGCGCAAUUACUUGAAAAGGAUUAUGGCGUUAAAGUAAAUCCCGCCUCCAUUUUUGACAUUCAGGUGAAACGAAUACACGAGUAUAAGAGACAGCUGCUGAAUUGUUUGCACGUGAUCACACUUUACAAUCGAAUAAAAAAAGAUCCAUCUGCACCAUUUGUUCCACGAACUGUCAUGAUCGGAGGAAAAGCAGCUCCAGGUUACCAUUUGGCAAAGAAAAUUAUAAAAUUGAUAUGCAGCGUAGGAAACGUUAUAAACAACGAUCCAAUUGUUGGAGACAAAUUAAAGCUGAUUUUCUUGGAAAAUUAUCGAGUCACCUUAGCUGAAAAGAUUAUUCCAGCAGCAGAUUUGAGCGAGCAAAUUUCAACUGCUGGUACCGAGGCGUCUGGCACGGGAAAUAUGAAAUUCAUGUUAAACGGAGCAUUAACAAUUGGCACAUUGGACGGUGCUAAUGUUGAAAUGGCAGAAGAAAUGGGGAACGAAAAUAUAUUCAUCUUCGGUAUGACGGUCGACGAAGUAGAAAAAUUGCAAAAGAAAGGAUAUAACGCAUACGAUUAUUAUAAUAGGAUUCCAGAAUUGAAACAAUGCGUUGAUCAGAUUCAGAGUGGCUUCUUUAGUCCCAAUAACCCAGAUGAAUUCAAGGACAUCGCCAAUGUCCUGCUUAACUGGGAUAGAUUUUACUUAUUUGCUGAUUAUGAAAGCUAUAUUCAAAUGCAAGAUCGCGUUGGUAAAACUUAUCAAGAUGAAAAUAAAUGGGUAGAAAUGGCAAUUCAUAAUAUUGCUUCAUCUGGAAAGUUUUCUUCGGAUCGUACAAUUGCUGAAUAUGCUCGUGAAAUUUGGGGUGUCGAACCCUCUUGGCAACGACUUCCCGCACCUCAUGAACCACGAGACAUUUAAAUUAUAAUUAUAAUUUCUUUGACCUGCUUACGUUUUCGCUUUUUACGCUCACGACUGAAAGUCGUUUUUUAUUCUUUUCCUGUUUUUUUUAAUUUUCUUUUCUUUUUCUUUUAUUAGACAAAUAUUACAUUUAAGAAUAUUUUAUUAGACUAAUAUUAUACUCUUGAGCAAGCGUGAGUAAUUUUAUAGAAAAAAAUGGUCAUUGAGUUGGUGCCAUCAUAAUGAUAAAAAUGAUGAAAAAGAAUUUCCAAUAGAAAGAAAAAACUGCUUCCAAAAUAUAAAUAUUAAACAAAUAAUCCAUAUAUUUAUGUCAUUUUCUAAAGAAUCAAUCUCUGUUGUAUUUUUACACGUUUUUACUAUUGAGAGACUGAAAAUUAUUCACACUUACUUAAAGAAGCAUCUACUGCCUGUAACUUGUCAAAAACUUUGUUGGUAAUGACCAUCAACUAAUCAACAAAAAGAAAAAAAAACU